CUCUUUGGCAUCCCACUUCCUCCCUGCAGCGGCAGUGGGUCGGGGCGUGUUGACGGACCGCCCUGACAGCUGAGUUGAAUUUAGGGAGUCUCACGCAAGCUCAGCCAGACAUCCUGCCACCAACUUCACCGAGUGCUGUUGCCUUACGUUGACAGAAGAUGUUUUUUGCCAAAAAGUUUAUCGGUGGCAUCAUUGAUGUUGUAAGCAACAUCGACCCAGCCCAGUUUGUGCCUUCUGACCCUCCUCCACCACGCAGGCCACUUGCAUAUGCAGAGCAGCAUGAGAGUGACGAAGAGAAACAGUUCCGCAGAGUCUUUCAGCAACUUGCUGGAGAUGACAUGGAAGUGAGCCCAACUGAGCUGAUGAACAUCCUAAAUAAAAUCAUUUCAAAGCGUGGAGAUCUGAAGACAGAUGGUUUCAGCAUUGAGUCUUGCAGGAGCAUGGUGGCAGUCAUGGAUGUAUCCUCAACUGGAAAACUCGGCUUUCAUGAAUUCAAACAUCUCUGGAACAAUAUAAAGAAAUGGCAGGGAGUGUACAAGUCCUACGACACAGAUGGCUCUGGUGUCAUUGGUGCAGAUGAGCUUCCAAAUGCUUUCAGAGCUGCAGGCUUCCCUCUCAACGACCAGCUGUUCGAGAUGAUAAUUCGCAGAUACAGUGAUGAAAGUGGGAACAUGGAUUUUGAUAACUACAUCGGUUGCCUUGUGAGGCUGGAUGCCAUGUGCCGUGCCUUCAAAACCCUGGAUAAGGAUAACAACGGGACUAUCAAAGUCAAUGUUCAGGAGUGGCUUCAGUUGACCAUGUACUCAUGAGUCCAGACGAUGUCUCCUGCUUGUUAUACGGAACCACUUUGUUUGUCCACGCAGUCCAAAAUAUUUUAUCAACCAUCGCAAUGUACUCCACUCAUCACUGUAAAAAAAAAAAAAAAAAAUCUCCCACAAGGCACAGUUCGAAUGGCUCCCACCUUUUUUCAAUAGACUGCAUGAUUGACAUGUCUACCUUUGUGCUAGUGUUUACACCUGUUGGGACAGGUCAGUGUAUACCUUUUAACAAUCACGUAAGUAAUUCUCAGAAAAGGCUCCACCCAGCAUCAGCCUGAGGACUAACCAGCUUUCUUACUAAAUUUAAUCCCCUAUGAGGAUGUGCAUGUCUUUGAAGAGAGGGUUAAUUUAACUUCAGGGGAAACAGUUAAUCAGUCCAUAAAGUUUAAAGGCUCUGCACACCCACAGGUGUUUUCAGGUAUUAAUGCUGAGUAGAGCUCUGCACAGGCUGAAGCUGGGUUGUAGCUAUUCAUAGAAUUGCAUGAUGUGACCAAAUUCCAUGUAAUCAUAAGAGUCAUGAGGAUGUUAGUUGUCCCACCCCGACAGUUGCAACAAAGCUAACAGGAGUGUUGGGAAAAUGGCUGGCAGCCAAUCAUUACACACCCACACAGCCCUGAGAAGAGGUCUCAUUGGGUAAAAUAGGGAAGCAAAUUCUUCUGUUUUUGCAGAGACUUUGAGAUGGCCGUUGUAAAACUAUAGAUAAAUCUUACUAUUUGUUAGACCACAGUUAUACUCAGUGUCUUUGUGAAACCAGGCCCACAGCCACUGAUGAAAGAUUCUUGUUCACUAAAACAUGUGAAACAGCUCAUUAUUUUGAGUGUUAGGGAGAUGUAUAAGUUAUGGAUCACUUGCACCAAAGCCUAUCACAAGCAGAUCGCGGUGCACACUCCAAUAUUUUGCAUCACAGUUGCACUGUAUAUGCACAGCAGUCAGGAAUGCUCAUACUGACUACAGCCACUAGAAGAUCUAAAUAAUGAAUAAAUCUAAAAUCACAAACUGUCUUUUAAGUGACCUGAUAUUAAAGUUAGUUUAUUAAUGUAUAUAUUCAAUAUAUCAGCUUUAUAUCUCCUCUGUAAUAGUAAUGUACAUUAACAUCCCAAGAGAUAAUGUCUUUGCCAUAGCAUUCUGUAUGUCUCAGUUAACUGAUCACUUUAUCACUUAUCUGUGUGCUUAUUCAAAAUGCCUGCACCAGAUAAUUGCCAGCACAAUGUGUGAAUUUAUCGUAUAUAAUAGAUGUGUAUGCCACUAAUGCAAGCAGCCAAUAGAAAAGAUGCAUUAAUAAGGGUUUUUAACCAUGUAGUUGUAGCCACUGUCAUUAAACUGUUACCGAAAAUGUUUGGUAAAAUAAAUACCUGUGCCAUAUUUGGAAUAAAAGGGUAUCUGAAAUGA